GAGCUUUAUCUUGGAAACUGUUACAGUUGACAUCAAUCCUCUGUUACAAAAUGAAUAAGUUAGCAGUGUUCACUUUAUUGUUUGCUAUUGGUUUCCAAUCAUCAGCCGGAUUCCGGGCGGGGUUCAGAUACAAUAGAGAUGUGCAAGUAAUGGUGCCUGCUGGACCAGUAACUCUAGAAGCUCAACCUGCAGUUCAAACUCUAGAAGCUAAACUACCAGCAGUUCAAACUUUAGAAGCCCGACCACUAUCAAUUCAAACUCUAGAAGCCCACCUACCAGAAAUUCAAACUUUAGAAGCAAGACCUGAAGUUCAAACUCUAGAAGCCAGACCAGCAAUUGCAACACUUGAAGCUAGACCCGAAGUUUCAACUCUUGAAUUGAGACCAGAAGUUUCAACCCUUGAAUUAAGUCCAGAAGUUUCAACACCUGAACAUAAACUAACCGUAAAUGACAAGUUGGCUAUGAUCAAACAAUGGGUUGAAGAACAAGCUAACAAGCCAAUCUCCCGUCUAAGACUAAAAGAAAAUUUGGCUAUUAUUAGAGGAUGGCUGGAUGAUAGAGCAAACAAAGUACGUCAAAGUGUUGUUGACUUAGAGAACAAGGUCCUCCCAGCCAUCCAAAAGUUGAAGGCUGAUGCAUCCCAUGCUAUUGACACCAUCAAACAAAAAGUUAAAGGUCAAGAAGCACAGGCUGAAAGAACAAAAAGAGCGAUGAAGCAGUUAAAUAGACAAACAAGAGCGAUCAAAAAACAUUGAUGAUGUCUUAGCCCCAAAGACAAAGAUUGGUGUAAUUUUUGAAACUUACUAUUAUCUAUAACUGAUUCCAAUUAUUAUAAUAUAAAGUUAAUGCAUUUUACCACAAUUGUCUCAUAUUCUUAAAAUAAACACAGUUUAUCACUAA